AUGCUCCUGACUGUAUCUGUAAAAGUUGUAAGGUCGGGAAGUGAGUACAGCGAAGAUCUAGGGGUAUGCACGGAAGCGAAGCGCGAGAAAACGCAGAUGCGCGCAAGGCGCAGGAACGCGCGCGCGUACGCGCCUAAGCGUGGUCAUGCGGAGCCAAAGCGCUACCGAGUAGAAAUGGAAAUGUACGCACUAGAGGGCUUGGUGGACAGUGGAUGGAUGCUUCUAGAUGGCUGGUGCUAUAAGGCACUCAAGCGCGGGAACGCCUACAUCUUCAAGUUGAUGACCAAAACAGAGGACUUUGCAAGACAUGAUGGAGCUAUGGAUGGAACAUGUACCGUCAUCUAUGAUCGUCUUAAACAUGUUUAUGUUGAUGGUCUCAUAAAUGGGGUGGACAUCAGGAGAUUUACUGAUGAUUUCAGCGCCCAGGCCAAAGCUCAAACUACCGUGGCAAGUGUCAUUAUGGCGGUCAAUGCCAGCAUCCUUGCAGUCCCAGGUCUAGGUACACAACUGGCUAUGAAGGCAUUGUGUUCCAUCUCCUUCAUUCUCUGUGUCUACAGCAUCAUCGGGUGUGCAAUUGCACAACAAUUGGUUCAAAGCUUGAGAUACCUUGACUUUUCAGCAUAUUACUUACAAGAGGAGAUGGGCACUUUUGUGAUCCUUAGUUUGGCAUUUGCCAUCAUUGGAGUUCUAGCAGGGAUCUUCACUGUUGAAUUUGGCCUUCCCUUGUCCGAAAGGAUAGGAUGCGGGCUGAUCCUUGUUGUUGGGGGAGGGCUCAUGAUUCCAUUGACAAUGGCCAGCUUUGGGCCUGGACUGAUUCAAUGA